CUCUCUCGGGUUCUCUGAACUGCACCAUGACCCAAACCCUCAAGUUCUCCAGAGUGUUCCAUCGCGUCCGCUGGGCUCCUGAGUUGGGCGCCUCCCGAGGCUCCAACUCAACGCCCGGGAGCUUGGCGGACAUCCCCGGCCCCUCCAUGCCUGCCUUCUUGGCUGAACUUUUCUGCAAAGGGGGACUGUCGAGACUACACGAACUGCAGGUGCAGGGCGCUGCCCGCUUCGGCCCCAUGUGGCUGGCCAGAUUCGGGACCCUGCGCACAGUGUAUUUGGCCUCCCCUGCACUCGUCGAACAGCUCCUGAGACAAGAGGGUCCUCGGCCAGAGCGUUGCAGCUUCUCGUCCUGGGCGGAGCACCGUCGCCGCCACCAGCGGGCUUGCGGACUACUUACCGCGGAAGGUGAAGAAUGGCAGAAGCUCCGUAGUCUCUUGGCGCCGCUUCUCCUCCGGCCUCAAGCGGCUGCUGGCUAUGCCGAAACCCUGGACAAAGUGGUCUGUGAUCUUGUGCGACGACUAAGGCGCCAGAGGGGACGUGGCACCGGGCCGCCCACCCUGGUUCGGGAUGUGGCGGGAGAGUUUUACAAGUUUGGACUGGAAGGCAUAGCCGCGGUGCUACUGGGUUCUCGCCUGGGCUGCCUGGAGGCUGAAGUGCCCCCGGACACCGAGACUUUCAUCCGCGCGGUAGGCUCGGUGUUUGUGUCUACGCUGUUAACCAUGGCGAUGCCCAGCUGGCUGCAUYGCCUAGUGCCGGGACCUUGGGCCCGCCUCUGCCGAGACUGGGACCAGAUGUUUGCGUUUGCCCAGCAGCUCGUGGAGCGGCAAGAGACCGAGGUAGCCACGAUGAACCAGGGAAACCCUGAAAAGAACAUGCCAUCUGGGGCACACCUGACCUACUUCCUUUUCCGGGAGAAAGUGUCUGCCCAGUCCAUCCUGGGGAAUGUGACAGAGCUGCUACUGGCUGGAGUGGACACGGUGUCCAACACACUCUCCUGGGCUCUCUAUGAGCUCUCCCGGCAUCCUGAAGUCCAGAGGGCACUCCAUUCUGAGAUCACAGCUACCCUGGGCCCAGGCUCCUGUGCCCACCCGCAAGCCACAGUUCUGUCCCAGCUCCCCCUGCUGAAAGCUGUGGUCAAGGAAGUACUAAGACUAUACCCUGUAGUACCUGGAAAUUCCCGUGUUCCAGACAAAGACAUUCAUGUGGGUGACUACAUUAUCCCCAAAAAUACGCUGGUCUCUCUGUGUCACUAUGCCACUUCAAGGGAUCCUGCCCAGUUUCCAGAGCCAAACAGUUUUCGCCCAGCUCGCUGGCUGGGGGAGGGCCCAGCCCCCCACCCAUUUGCAUCUCUUCCCUUUGGCUUUGGCAAGCGCAGCUGCAUGGGGAGACGCUUGGCUGAGCUUGAGCUUCAAAUGGCUUUGGCCCAGAUCUUGACCCAUUUUGAGGUGCUGCCUGAGCCAGGUGCUCCUCCUGUCAGACCCAUGACCAGGACUGUCCUGGUGCCCGAAAGAAGCAUCAACCUACAGUUUGUGGACAGAUAGUCCUUUGAAAGAGGCUGUCAUCAACA